GUUCUCGCGUGCACGGGGCUCUUUUCCGGAGGUUGUGUUGAUGUGAUGGGGAUAGGGUUAGGGUUAUCUCCUUCACCAUCAGAGUCCUGACCGGCCGAUGAGGUCCGUGACGCCGAGAGACCCACCGGAUAUGAUCACCGACCGCACGUGCAUCAGGUGUUGCUCUGUUUGGAGUUGAUCAGUCAUUAUGCUGACACACCUGUGUAGCAUUAAGAAUACAUACCAUAAUAGGCUGCUGGGGCUGGCAGCCAUGGCCUCCCCCACCCGGAGCAGCCAGAGCUGGCGGCCGUGUAAAGACGCCGGUAGCCUUGGUUACGGCCCGGAGAGCCUGGGGGGCCGGGGGCCGACCCGGGCCCCCUUGGCCCCGGGCCUGGCGCGGGCCAGCAGCGACCCCGACCUGCCGGCCCCGGAGAGCCGCUCCACGCUGGCACUCAGCUGCUGCCACUACACCGUGGGCCAGAGCCAGGACCUGGUGCUCACCUGGGACAUCAGGGAGCAGGUGGACGCCGGGGACUGGAUCGGGAUGUACCACGUGGACGAGCCUCUGUCUGAGAACUUCCUGGACUAUAAGAACAGGGGAGUCAACGGCUCUAAGAAGGGGCAGAUCGUCUGGAAGAUCGAAGCCACCUCCUACCUCCCUGAGUCGGGGGGCCCCCUGUGCUUCAGGUACUACCACGGAGGGACGGGCGCCCUGCGAGCCACCACCCCCACCCUCACCGUCACCACCCCCGCUGCCCCUGUGAAACCGGUGGUGAGUCCAGAAGCCCACCACGGACUCGGUGGCCGCAGACUCAUAAACUUCUCGCUGUCAGACGUCCAGGCCCUGGGACUGAAGAAGGGGAUGUUCUUCAACCCAGACCCAUACCUGAAGCUUUCUGUUCAGCCUGGGAAGCACAGCGCCUUCCCCUCACUGCCCCAUCACGGCCAGGACAAACGCUCGGCCAUCAGCUGCAACACAGUCAACCCUCAGUGGAGCAGAGAGAGGUUCAGCUUCCUGUCCCUGCCCACCGACGUGCUGGAGAUCGAAGUCAAGGACAAGUUCGCCAAGAGUCGACCGAUCAUCAGACGCUUCCUGGGCAAACUCUGUGUCCCCGUGCAGAGGCUUUUGGAGAAGAACGCCAUCGGGGACCGGCGGGUGAGCUACCCUCUGGGCCGCAGACUCCCCACAGAGCAGGUCAGCGGCCAGCUGCAGUUCCGCUUCGAGCUGACCACCUGCAUCUACCCAGAUGAUGAGGAGGUAUCCCAAGCCUUGGAGUCGGUGCGCCAGCACGGGGAGACCUGGGUGGAGGCGGAGGACCCCAGUGACGUGGAGGACGCUGACACCCUGAGCCUGGGGGACGACAUGCCGGAGUUACCUCUAGAUGAAGCCCCCCCCGGCCCCGAGCUCUGCAGCUGCCCCCUGACGCCGCCAGUGCUGGACCUCCGUGUGUCCGGGGAAGCUGCUCCUCUAGGGGCGAAGGAGGAGCCGGGGUCGGAGGUGGGCAGCACUGCUGAGGACGGAGCCGCCGAGACCCAGACGGUUCCCCCGGAGGUCCUCACCGAGGUGGACGGAGGAGAAGAGACCCAGACGGUUCCCCCGGAGGUCCUCACCGAGGUGGAGGGAGGAGAAGAGACCCAGCCGGUUCCCCCGGAGGUCCUCACCGAGGUGGACGGAGGAGAAGAGACCCAGACGGUUCCCCCGGAGGUCCUCACCGAGGUGGACGGAGGAGAAGAGACCCAGACGGUGCCCCCGGAGGUCCUCACCGAGGUGGACGGAGGAGAAGAGACCCAGACGGUUCCCCCGGAGGUCCUCACCGAGGUGGAGGGAGGAGAUGAGACCCAGCCGGUGCCCCCAGAGGUCCUCGAGGAGGUGGAGGGAGGAGCAGAGACCCAGCCUGUCCCCCUGGAGGUCCUCAACCAGGUGGAGGCAGGAGCAGAACAGGAAGGAGCGGGAGCGGAGGUGCAGGACGAGGAAGAGGAAGAGGAGGAGGAGGAGGGAGGAUCUGGAGACGCUGCAGAAGGGAUGGCGGCUGAACAGGUGGGAGAAGCCGCGGCUGACGUAGGACAAACUCCCGUGGACUCAUCGAAGGACGGAGCCCCUGCUGCCGAGGCUCCCCCUCCGCUGGACCCUGAGCCUGAGGACGACCUCGUGGAGCCGGACGGAGAGGGAGCGCAGGGCGAUGCCGGAGAAGGAGAGCAGGGCGGAACGGAAGAGAACCAGGAGGGCCGACUGGAGGACUGCAGCCCUGCACCUCCUCGCUCCUGCACCUGCCCAGGCACUGCUCCAGCGGUCUGCAUCUGCCGGGGCCCCGACCCUCCGGGCCCCAACCCACCGGGCCCCUCCCCGCCUCGUAAACGCCCCUGCUCCCUCCCUGUGUCGGAGCUGGAGACCGUCAUUGCGGCGUCCUGUGGGCAGCCAGAAACGCCUCGGUCCCAUUACAUCCGAAUCCACCACCUCCUCCAUAGUCUGCCUUCUGCCCAGAACAGAGAACCCAGCCAGGAGGACGAGGACGAGGAGGAAGAGGAGGAGGACGAGGAAGAGGAUUCAGAGAACAGGGAGGAGGUGGAGAGCGCCACCCUCCCCAACGCCACUGCAGAAGAUGCCACUUGUGUCUCGCUGGAGCUCAAACCGGCCCGAGAGCUAGAGGAGGAGGAUGCUGAUGAGGAAGAUACUCUGUCUCCUACUCAGGUCCCAGAGUGCGCCGGGUCCUGCUGCCACCGCGCCCUUCCCCGCAGCCUGUCCAUCGAGCGCCUGUCGGAGCUCAACCACCUCCUGGAGGGCGAGAGGGGCGGGGGGGGAGACCCUGGGGGGCGGGGCGGGGGGGGCGAGGAGGGGGACGCCGGCCGCAGGGGCCGGCGGCGUGGCGGCGGCGGCGGCGGCAGCACGUGCCACGCGCCCGGCGAGCACGAGUGCGAACUGUGCGAGGGGUCCUGCCACAGCACUUCCUGUCAAAGCACUUCCUGCCACAGCCGCAGCACUUCCUGCCGGAGCACUUCCUGUUACAGCACGUCCUGUUACAGCACUUCCUGCUACAGCCACUCGGGCUACGACAGCCGGGGGCGGUUCUGCAGCCAGCGGCUGUCGUCGGUGGACAGCACGCGGCGCUCCGGGAGCACCGUGUUCUCCUCCCAGGACGACGACGACGAGGAGAACAGCGCCUUCGAGAGGGUCCCGGACCCCGACGGCUCCCCGCCCGGCGGGGGGGCCGGGGGCCAGCGGGGGGGACCCUGGAACACCACCCAAUGGGGGCCCGAGGGGACGGGGGCAGGCAGCGGGGGGCCCCCAGGGGGGCCCGGCCAGCAGGACGCCAUCGGCCCUCUUGUCAGCCCCCCUGCUGCCCUACGGCCUGGCUGGGACCUAGACCAUUUCCCCCUCCAAUCAGACCACACUUUACCUCCAAACUGGGAGGCCCGUAUCGACAGCCACGGCAGGGUGUUCUACGUGGACCACGUCAACCGGACCACCAUGUGGCAGAGACCCAGCCAGCCCCCCCAGUGCUCCCAGGGCCUCCCUCGCUCCGGCUCCACCCAGCAGAUGGAGCAGCUCAACAGAAGGUACCAGAACCACCAGAGAACCAUGGAGGAGGGGGAGGAGCAGGGGGAGGAGGGGAGCAGGAGGCUUGAGAGGAGAGGCAGCCCCGAGGAUGGAGGCGUUUCUACAACAGCAGCAGCAGAGCCAAGGAGAAACCACUUACCUGUCAAUCACCAGAGCAUUAGCCUUCUGCUUCAGUCCCCCGCUGUCAAGUUCAUCACCCACCCAGAGUUCUUCACUGUGCUGCACGCCAACUAUGGGGCGUACCGGACGUUCGCCAACAGCUCCUGCGUGAAGCACAUGAUCCUGAAGGUGCGACGCGACGCCAGGAACUUUGAGCGCUACCAACACAACCGCGACCUGGUGGUCUUCCUCAACACGUUCGCAGACCCCCGGCUGGAGCUGCCCCGGGGAUGGGAGAUGAAGACGGACAUGCAGGGCAAGUCGUUCUUUGUGGACCACAACAGCCGAGCGACCACCUUCAUCGACCCGCGGGUCUCCCUGCGGUGCGGCCGCCCGCCCGGCCCCUUCUCCCACCGACCCCACCUGCAGAGGCUGCGCAGCUACAGCGCCGGGGAGGCCUCCGACGUCUCCAGACGUCCCGGGUCGUCCCUGAGGGCGCGACCCCGCGACAGCCUGGUGCCGGCCGCACGCAGCCAGCAGGACGCCCCCCCGCCAGCAGCACUCUCCUACAAUGACAAGAUUGUGGCGUUUCUGUGGCAGCCCAACGUCUUUGACAUGUUAGAGGAGCGACAGGCCAGCCUGGCCAGAAACCCUGCACUGAGGGAGAAGAUCCACUACAUCAGAACGGAGGGUUCCCAGGCGCUGGAGAAGCUGUCGUGUGAUGCAGACCUGGUCAUACUGCUGAGUUUGUUCGAGGAGGAGAUCAUGUCCUUCGUGGCUCCUCACGCCCUCCACACCAGUCGGGGAUUCUCCCCUCGCAGCUCCCCCAUCGCUUCGCCUCACAGCUCUCCUGGCCUACAGAGGGCCCCGGCCCCGGCCCCGUAUCGUCGAGACUUUGAAGCCAAACUACGAAACUUCUCAAGGAAGCUGGAGGCUAAAGGCUACGGCCAGGGGCCGGGCAAGAUGAGGUUGUUGGUCAGGAGGGAUCAUCUCCUGGAGGGGACCUUCGACCAGGUCAUGGCGUUCUCCCGCAAAGAGCUGCAGAAGAACAAGCUCUACGUCAGCUUCCUGGGGGAGGAGGGGUUGGACUACAGCGGCCCCUCCAGAGAGUUCUUCUUCCUGUUGUCCCAGGAGCUCUUCAACCCGUACUACGGCCUGUUUGAAUACUCCGCCAACGACACCUACACCCUUCAGAUCAGCCCCAUGUCUGCGCUGGUGGAGAACCACCUACAGUGGUUCCGUUUCAGUGGGCGUAUCCUGGGCCUGGGCCUCAUCCACCACUACCUGCUGGAUGUCUUCUUCACCCGGCCCUUCUACAAAGCUCUCCUCAGACUAGCUACAGAUCUCUCUGACCUGGAGUACCUGGAUGAAGAGUUCCAUCAGUCCCUGCAGUGGAUGAAGGACAACACCAUCACUGACAUCCUGGACCUCACCUUCACCGUCAACGAAGAGGUCUUUGGACAGGUGACGGAGCGGGAGCUGAAGUCGGGCGGCAGCCACAUUCAGGUGACGGAGAAGAACAAGAAGGACUACAUCGAGCGCAUGGUGCGGUGGCGGGCGGAGAGAGGGGUGGGGCAGCAGAACGAGGCGCUUGUCCGGGGCUUCUACGAGGUGGUGGACUCCCGGCUUGUGUCCGUGUUCGAUGCCAGGGAGCUGGAGCUGGUGAUCGCCGGCACAGCGGAGAUCGACCUGAGUGACUGGAGGAGCCACACGGAGUACAGAGGAGGUUACCAUGACAGCCACGUGGUGAUGCGCUGGUUCUGGGCGGCGGUGGAGUGCUUCAACAACGAGCAGCGUCUGCGCCUGCUGCAGUUCGUCACCGGGACGUCCAGCGUGCCGUACGAGGGCUUCUCCUCCCUCAGGGGUUCCAGCGGACUGCGGCGCUUCUGCAUCGAGAAGUGGGGCAAGGUCACCUCGCUGCCCAGGGCUCACACGUGUUUCAACCGCCUGGACCUCCCCCCGUACCCCUCCUUCACCACGCUGCACGACAAGCUGCUGACGGCCGUGGAGGAGACCAGCACCUUCGGCCUGGAGUGAUACCCACCCUGCUAAUGGUCCUGGUUCAAUACCAGUACUGGUUCAGGGAGUGAACCUCAUCCUGCUACUGGUACCAUAGAGAUGUCAGUCCUGGUUCACGGUGUGUGUCGGACCUAUGAACACAUAAGAACACUGGUGUCUUUUGAUACAUUUGAUAUUCAUAUACGGCAUAACCAAGGAAUCCGUCUCCUAUUCUGCUGCAUGCACUGAAGCAUCGUCUCAUCUCCAUUGUUAACGCUAUUCUCCAUAAUCAUGAGAAAUCGUAAUCAUCUCCAUAUUCAAGGACUGUAAAGAACAAAUGGGACAGAAGAACAAUGUCAGCAAAACACGAAUAUAAAAGCAAAAUGUAAAAGCAAGCAAUAACUAAUAAUUCAUAGAACAUACUCCUAUCAGAUGUCAUUAAAAGAAAAAGAAAAUCCUAGCAAAAGGUGCACCAACAUCUCAUCUUGGAAAGAGAUCCCAGUUGAGAGACAGAAGGACAGUAGUCAGUAGACUGAGAGCCGACCCUCUGUGCCUUCCAAAGACAUGGCACAACAAUGACAACAAGACCGUUCGUAGCUCCGGUGAGGAGACUGAUGCUGCUUCAGCUGAGUCUAAAAGAAGAGACUGAUGCUGCUUCAGCUGAGUCUAAAAGAAGAGACUGAGGCUGCUUCAGCUGAGUCUAAAAGAAGAGACCGAGGCUGCUUCAGCUGAGUCUAAAAGAAGAGACUGAUGCUGCUUCAGCUGAGUCUAAAAGAAGAGACUGAGGCUGCUUCAGCUGAGUCUAAAAGAAGAGACUGAGUUCAGCUGAGUCUACAAGGGAAACUGAUUUAAGAAACAAAGGGACUAUCAAGGCACUCAAUAGACUGUAAAUCUGAAGAGGCUUUCAGGAUAACCCUUUAUUUAUUUAUAUAUUAUUUAUUUAUGUACAUUUAUAUGUAAUAUGAUUAAAUAAUAGAUAAUGACAACAUAUUUAAAAUAAUUGUCAAACAUAAAACAUUUGAUUGGCCAUCAAAUGAGGAACAUUGAAUCUUAAUGUUUUGAUGUGUGAAAUGCUCUUCCAGGCUGUGAUCUGGAACAAUAGAUUUAUAAAAGCUCCUUCUUGGUUCGUAAGACUUGUGUUCUAAAGGGAGUAGUUUUCUUUGUUUGGUGUGGACCACUUCACUGUCCAGGGUCUGGUUCCACCUCAACCAGGGGACCAUCUCGUCCUAUGAAUGAUCCUGUACAUCUGGAUUUAGGUCUCCUCAGGACCUGAUUGUUGAGGUCUGAUAUGAUCCAUCAAUGCUUAAAUGUAAUAUCAAGGCAUUCAUUAGUGCAUCGGUUUAUAAAUAAACUAUAUCCUUUCGUAAUUAACUCAAUUUACAUAGGGGGAAUGACUUCAGUCAACUCCUGGGAGUGUCCGAGGAGUGUAUAUUGCUGCAGAAUAAUAACAAGGCUCUUAUGAUUGCUCUGCAUAAGCAUGAUUUCUGAAUAGUGUGGAGAGGAUAUAUUUAAUGUUUUUGUCUCUAUUUCUAUCAAUGAGUUGACAUCUCGACCCGUCUCUUUUAUAGUGACCACAAAUGAUGCAAACAAUUCUGUUAAAAAGGAGUGACUAGGACUUAUAUAUAUAUAUAUAUAUAUAUAUAUAUAUAUAUAUAUAUAUAUAUAUAUAUAUAUAUAUAUAUAUAUACAGUCCUGUAACAGUUAGACAAUGGGAUGACACUUUUUGAAUGUUAUGUUUCUUUAGUAAAUGUACGCUGUACAUUUUCUAAACAUUGUGUACAUAACAUACAGCCUUCCGCACGAAAGAGUUUGCCUUUUAAUCUUUCUCGAUCGACAUGUUAAUGCCUCUUUAAUUGCUGUGUGUGACAAAGGUAAUUUAUUGUUUUUUAUUGUUACUUUUUUUUAUGUAUUGAUUUGGAACAAACUGUCUGUCACCAGCCAUUCUGUGGUGAGACCGUAAUUGUACUGUUGGUGUAUUUAUAAAAAAAAAUACAGGACACAUCAUGUUGAUGAUGUGAGAAGAUUCAGGGCACUGGUCUGAAUCGAAACAAAUGACUCUUAUUUAAUUACUUAAGCCAACGCUACAAUCCACCUCGCUGACUUCACCUGGCUCCUGCAGACAAGCACGCAGGGUUGUGCUGUUGGAAAUCUGGUUUAUUUUAGACAAUGAUACAUGGCCUGGUACUCCAUGCUGCCAUGCAGGAGAUCACUCUGUGUGUGUGUGUGUGUGUGUGUGUGCGUGCUUGUGUGUGUGUGUGUGGCGGGUUCAACCUGUGCUCACUGAUUGCUCAAUGAGCAGCAGGUGUGACUCAGCCAGCUCCAGAGUCCAAUCAGUCUGACUCGGGCCAGGUGAGGCUGCUUAACCAGCCAUCAUCCACACACAUCCACGCACAUUUUUGUUUGAAUCUGCUAUAAUAGUAUCGGGGGUGAUAUAAAAACACUAUGACGGGGGACACAUGAAGGCUUCGAUGCCACUUUAACUGAUUAUAUAUAUAGUAUAUAUACCACUAUCUACAUACUAUACUGAACUUGAACAGUGAACAGAAAAUAUCUUCAGGAAGCUUUUGAUGAAUCUUUACCAGACAUACAAACAUCUCUUGAAUUUUAUUUGUAUUUUUUUAAGUAAUAUUUACUGUAGGCAGUGGACAUAUUUUAAGUAUGAUGUUAAUGUUGAGCAAAAAAGGGGAAAUAUUUGUUUUAGACGAUAAACGCCUUUUUUUUUAAGAGAAUUUGCAAUGAAUCCUUGCUUUGUUUUCAAAGCCAAAGUUCGGGAUUGUUUCUGAGAACGUGACUUAAUGUGAAUGAAUACUCAUGAUGCUUGUGGUCUAACCUUACACAUGUUACUGAAUAUCCAUUAAAGAUCCUUUUUUAUUCAA